AUGGAUUCAAAACGAACAGGUGCAAUUAAACGUUGGUUUGAGCAAUUACUAAGGGCAAAAUUAGCUAUUGAUCCAGUGGAUGGCUGGGCUUUGCUGUAUAAACGGCACAUAUCCGUUAUAACUCAUCUCAUUAUUACUGGUAAAUUUAAAAAAUGCGAAGAAAAGUCAAGCCAAGAAGCAUAUACGAAGGCAUAUCAGGCUUUAAUGGAUCAGAUGACGGAUGCUUCGUUUCUGGAUCAUUUGAAGCCGGAGUUAGCUGCGACGGGUGAUAAUUUUGAGGUGGCUAAAUUUUUGGUCGUUUUUUUGAAUGAGUUACGGAUAAGUUUGGAGAUGGUUUUCGAGGAAGACUAUGGGUUAACUGAAGAAGAAAAUAAGCAUAUUGGAGCAAUACUAUGUUAUCUGGAAGAUCAUCAAAACUGGGAUCCUUAUGAGUCUUGGCCUGCAGUGUUGUUCCAGAGCGGUGAUGAACCUGUGGAUUCGAAAAGUUUCAUUACUCCCAAGAUCCGUCGAUCAAAUCAUUGUGGGUUCGCAAGAAGCGAAAGAGCAGAUAUGAGACGUAGUCCACUUUCCGAAAUCGUUUCCUCUCCUCGUUCACGCGAACUACGAAUAAUACGUGAAAAAGACAGAAAGAUAAAGACUCUGAGUGAAAGAUGCAAGCUACUCGAGUACGAGAAAGACGAUAUAGAAAGCUCGCUAAGAACUGCUAAUCAGGAAAUCAAAAAACUUGUAAAAAGCCAUAGUGAAGUAAGUGGUGCUGUCAGUGAGAAGGAUGCACGAUGUCAGACUCUGACUACAGAAUUGGAUGACUGGCGAACUAAAGCGGCUGCAGCUGAGGAAGAAAACAGUCAAAUGAGACAACAACUAAAGUCUGUAAAGCAAGAACUGCAUACAACUCAAAGGCAGUUGCGUGAAGCUGAAUUCGACAUUUUAUCUAAACAAAGAGCUGUUGAGAGCUGGGAAAAAAAUGCGACACUGGAGGAGCAGUGGCGAUUGAAAAUGGAAAGAGAACGAGAAGAGCUUUUACAGGAACUUGAGGUGACUCGAAUCUCAAAAACAGCCGCCGAGGAGCGAUUGCUACGUCUCACAACCAACGAUGAAGCCGAAAUUGCCGAAUUGCGAAACAUCAUCGAUGGAUUACGAUCGGACAUAAAGGAAGCGCGACGAGAAAAGGAUGAAGUACUGAUCAGUCAAGACGAAAGAUUGAGGAUCAAGGAAUUGGACAUUGCAAGGUCUGCCGCUGUGAUUGCAGAAAUGAAAAAGCAACUAAGUGUCGCUCAAAUUUCUGUCCGAAACAUCCGCAGUUUAGCUGUGCAGGUACGAAAACUUUGUGGGGAAUUGGAAAACAGGCGCACCGAAAUUCAGGGUCUGCGACUCCUGUUCUCAGGUAUCCAGAAUGGAUAUCAAACUCUGCAAGAAGAGAAUGCGCAAAACAAAGCAAUGAUUGAAAGCCUACGAAACAAUGCAGCGAUAAGCGAAUAUCAGUCGAAAGCAUUGGCUGCAUCAUUAGAGGAUCAGCGGAAGAAGCAUGUAGAAGCAAUGAUGGCAAAGCAAGAAAUUUUAAAUGAAAGACAGCGAAUGCUCUCGGAAGCGUGGAAUCAGUUAAAUGGCAGCGUUGAGCUCAGUAUUCGUUUGCAGGAAGAACUGACACGGCGGGAUGUUGCAUACCAUGCUCUUGAGCAACGCCUUGCUUCUACCGAGGAAAGAUGUUCAACAAUUUCCCAGCAUUUCUCAAUCAGCAACAGCACUUUGGAUAGUAAACCAGCUGAGGAAAUAGCCAAAACAAAUUGUCACUUUUCGGAAAUCGUAGACGUGUCCUCUGGGGCGCUACCCCAUGAGUUUCAUCCACUUCCGGAAGUGGAAGAUGAAAAUGAUGUGUUGUCGUCAUCAUCCGUAAAUGGCGAUCCGUAUAUGUUGAAGGUGGAAGCGCAUCCCGGUAGGCUGAACACAGCGGAUGAGCAAGAGCAAUUUAAUACUUCUGUGGACAGUGAACGCUUGGCGGAAUUAAACAGACGCAACAAGACCGUACCACCGCACAUGCGUUCAACUUACGCUACGGAAUUGACAUAUGUUCCGAAACGUUUCUCAUCUGAAAAACUCGAGGAUGAACUCAAAAAUUCCGAGGAUUUUACGCCAUACUUGUAUAAGAGUGGUGGUGAUACUUCCAGCUUAGUAUCACCAAGCAACUUAUCCAAAACAAAGUAUGCUUCAUGGUCAUUGCGCAGUGUCAAAAAACAUUUUGGGAAAAUAUUGCAAGAAGCGAAUUCAUCCAAGACGAGUUUAAUUAGUAAAGGUCGGAGUCCAUUAAGGUGGAAGAACUGA